GUCUCCGGAAGCAUCCACCAAACACCUGCCCCCCGAUCCCCGAGGUCGCGCAAUCCACUCCCAGAAGAAGUCUCCAGAACCGCAUGCGCCCUUAUAAAAUGGUGAUCUCGAUCGGCCUCGCUCGAGUUGCGAGUGAUUAGCAGAGUGAAAAAGAACUCACAAUCACAUCAGCAGGGGUACGAACAGGCGCGCUAAUCUACAGCAUUCUUGGGCUGAUUGGUUGAUCUCUGACGGCGGGGGAACCGAUGGCGGACGACGCGUUCGACCUCCCCAUCUCUGGCGAGGGGGAGGAGGAGGUGAUGGGAGGCCUGGAGGAGGAGGAGGAGGCCAUAAAGGACCUCGACGCUGGGGUGGACGCCGAUGAGGACUAUUUCCCUCCGACGAUGAAGGCCGGGGAGGAGAGGGAGAUUGGGAAGGAGGGGCUCAAGAAGAAGCUCGUCAAGGAGGGCCAGGGGUGGGAUCGCCCCGAGACCGGCGACGAGGUCGAAGUGCAUUACACUGGCACUCUUUUGGACGGAACAAAGUUCGAUUCGAGCCGUGACCGUGGAACCCCGUUCAAAUUCAAACUUGGACAAGGGCAAGUGAUUAAGGGAUGGGACCUGGGCAUCAAGACCAUGAAGAAGGGUGAGAACGCAAUCUUUACUAUUCCUCCGGGGCUUGCCUACGGCGAGACGGGUUCGUCGUGCACCAUCCCGCCCAAUGCCACACUCCAGUUUGACGUUGAGCUCCUGUCAUGGGCCAGCGUCAAGGAUAUAUGCAAGGAUGGUGGAAUCUUUAAGAAGAUCCUCGUCGAAGGCGAGAAGUGGGAGAACCCCAAGGACCUUGACGAAGUUUUUGUCAAGUACGAGGCAAGACUCGAGGAUGGAACUGUUGUGUCAAAGUCUGAUGGUGUUGAGUUUGCCGUCAAAGAUGGUUACUUCUGCCCGGCACUUGCCAAGGCUGUGAAGACCAUGAAGAAGGGCGAAAAGGUCCUCCUCACUGUCAAGCCACAAUAUGGCUUCGGGGAACAAGGAAAACAAGCUUCUGGAGAUGAAGCAGCAGUGCCCCCAAAUGCUAUGCUGCAUAUAGACCUUGAGCUGGUCACUUGGAAGACUGUGACGCUAAUCGGAGAUCGCAAGAGGAUCUUGAAGAAAGUCCUUAAGGAAGGCGAAGGCUAUGAGCGUCCUAAUGAUGGAGCAGUAGUGGGAGUGAGACUUAUUGGAAAAUUGGAGGAUGGUACUGUCUUUGUACGAAAAGGGCACGAUGGUGAAGAGCCUUUUGAGUUCAAGACGGAUGAGGAGCAGGUUAUUGAAGGGCUUGACAUAACGGUGGUUAAUAUGAAGAAAGGAGAGGUUGCAUUGGUCAGAGUACCACCUGAACAUGCAUUUGGAUCUGUUGAAACAAAGCAAGAUCUUGCUAUUGUUCCUCCUAAUUCUACUGUCUUUUAUGAAGUGGAGCUUGUUUCCUUUGAGAAGGAGAAAGAAUCUUGGGACCUGAAAACCAAUACUGAGAAGAUUGAAGCAGCUGCCAAGAAGAAAGAUGAAGGGAAUGUGUGGUUUAAGAUGGGCAAGUACGCCAAGGCCUCUAAGAGAUACGAGAAGGCUGCAAAAUACAUUGAGUAUGACAACUCUUUCAGUGAGGAUGAGAAGAAGCAAUCAAAAUCUCUGAAAAUCAGUUCCAAGCUCAACAACGCAGCCUGCAAGCUGAAACUGAAAGAAUACAGAGAAGCAGAGAAACUCUGCACAAAGGUUCUGGAUCUCGAGAGCACAAGUGUUAAGGCCUUGUACAGAAGGGCGCAAGCAUACAUCGAGCUUGUUGACCUAGAGCUGGCAGAGUUGGAUGUGAAGAAAGCUCUGGAAAUCGAUCCCGACAACAGGGAUGUGAAGCUGGUGUACAAGACCCUGAAGGAGAGAAUGAGAGAGUACAACAGACGGGAUGCCAAGUUCUACGGCAACAUGUUUGCGAAAUGGAGGAAGCUUGAACAGCUGCAGAAGGUGCCCGGGAAGCAAGAGCUGCAACCGAUGGCCAUCGACAGUGCUGCAUAAGAUCUUUGCGCCAGUUUGCCAUGCUUUAUUACUUAUACUGUGGGAUCAGAGGACAAUCUCCUUAACCAUUUUUAUCGUUUGUCAGUGUUUGUGUUCUUUUCUUCUUUGCUGCUGCUACCCAUAUGUGUUCAGCCGCAUGCGUGAAAUUUGGUCAUCUGCUGCUGUGAUCUAUUUUGUUUUGGUGUGAGUGGUAGAGAGACUCACAAGAGACUGUAUGCUGCCUCUAAGCUAUGGGAUCAAUCUUUAGAGGCACACAUAAGUUGUUGUCGUCACGCGCCUGUCCAUUUCCAUGUCCCAAACUAAAUAAGGCCUUGUUUAGUUUCGAAAAAAUUUCAGAUUUCGUUAUUGUA